UAUGACCGUUAUGUUGCCAUCUGUAACCCCCUGCACUAUGCCAAUAUCAUGAACAGGAGCUUCUGUCAGAAGUUGGUUGGUGGGGUAUGGUUGAUUGGCAUCCCUGUCUCAUUGGUGUUGGCAGGCUGGAUCUUCAGCUUUCCAUUUUGUGGAAAGAAUAUGAUUGAUCACUUCUUCUGUGAUGCCCCUCCAGUACUGAAAUUAGUCUGUGCUGAUACUUCUUUUUUUGAAAUGCAAGCCGUAGUCUCUACAGUUGUAUUCAUUAUGUUUCCGUUUGUUCUGAUCUUGAUUUCUUACGUUCGGAUCAUCAUCACCAUCAUCAAGAUAUCUUCAGCAGCAAGUAGGCAAAAGGCCUUCUCUACUUGCUCAUCUCAUCUCAUUGUGGUGACAUUAUUCUAUGGAAGUGGGAGCAUUGUUUAUCUAAGGCCCAAUUCCAACUAUUCACCAGAAGUUAAGAAAUUGUUUUCUCUCUUCUAUGCAGUCCUUAUACCCAUGCUAAAUCCCAUUGUCUAUACUCUGAAGAACCAUGAAAUGAAAGAAGGACUGAAGAGAAUUCUAGGACAUAAACGCUUCUCAUAG